AUGGGAGAAAUUUCUGAAAAAAUCGUCGAAACAAUCGUCUCAAAUAUCGAGAAUGUGCUUGAGAGUCUACUUACGGCUAUAAAAGAGUUACCAAAACAGAAGAAAUCGGAUAGGACGUGGAUUUUCUUGAGACACUUGAUGUAUUUAGUUGAACACGUGCAGUUCAGGUUGAGGACUACCCCAGUUGAAGAGAAGACAAGGAGAGAUUUCUAUUGGAAACUUUGGCACGAGAAUAGGGAAACACGAGAAAAAUUGACGGUACUGACAGCUGCCAUUGAGGAGCAAAGACAUCUCAAUCAAGAAAUUAUCGAAAGAAUUCAUAGCAAUUAUUUACGAAACUGUCAAUUAGUAUCGCGAAUAGGGGACAAAUUCUUGGAAGAUGCUGUGACUAUUAGACUAAAGUUCGAGCGUAUGCAACUUAACGAAUAUAAACAAUCUGAGGAUCGCAAAAAUGAUUUGAGGGAGAUUUGUGGAAUUUCCAGGAAUAAAUUCCAGAUUUUUCAGUUUAGCCUUCGAAAGUUGGAGCAAGAGAUCUUUCAGAAAAGGUCGAAAAUGUCCGCAAAAUUUCUGUCACUAUUGAAUCGAUACGACACAGAAAUUGGGGAGAGAAAAAAAACCGUUUCUGAUCUCGAGUCCGUCCUGAAUGAUCUCACGAAGAAGAUUCAUCAAUUAGAAGAGAAUAUGGAGGAACAAUCCUGUCUAUACGACUCUUGUUUCAACGAACAAGAGGAAUCGAAAUUGGCAGAAAUAAGAUCAAAGCUCGAAGUGAUCUCAAGAACUAUUGCAGCAAAGAAGAUACAACGCUGGUGGCGGAGUAUCCUCCCUUCUCUUCGAACUAGAAAGAAGAAGAAAUCUAAGAAAUCUAAAAAGAAGGGAAAACGAAAGAAAUAAUUCAGUAGUAAAAAAAUCAAAACAGCAGUUAAUUCCGAAUAAAAGAUAGUUUUAGUUGAAUUAUUAUUUCAAUAGCCAUUAUUGACAUUAUGAAACCUCUUUUCUCUCCAAGCCAUUUCCAAAAAUGCACUGAGAAUGAAGAU